AUGGAUAGCUUAGAAGUGGAAAGCUUAGAAGUGAAUAGCUUAGAAGUGGAUAGCUUAGAAGUGGAUAGCUUAGAAGUGGAUAGCUUAGAAAUGGAUAGCUUAGAAGUGGAUAGCUUAGAAGUGGAUAGCUUAGAAGUGGAUAGCUUAGAAGUGGAUAGCUUAGAAGUGGAUAGCUUAGAAGUGGAUAGCUUAGAAAUGGAUAGCUUAGAAGUGGAUAGCUUAGAAGUGGAUAGCUUAGAAGUGAAUAGCUUAGAAGUGGAUAACUUAGAAAUGGAUAGCUUAGAAAUGGAUAGCUUAGAAGUGGAUAACUUAGAAAUGGAUAGCUUAGAAAUGGAUAGCUUAGAAGUGGAUAGCUUAGAAAUGGAUAGCUUAGAAGUGAAUAGCUUAGAAGUGGAUAGCUUAGAAGUGGAUAGCUUAGAGAUGGAUAGCUUAGAAAUGGAUAGCUUAGAAAUGGAUAGCUUAGAAGUGGAUAGCUUUGAAGUGGAUAGCUUAGAAGUGAAUAGCUUAGAAGUGGAUAGCUUAGAAGUGGAUAGCUUAGAAGUGAAUAGCUUAGAAGUGGAUAGCUUAGAAAUGGAUAGCUUAGAAAUGGAUAGCUUAGAAGUGGAUAGCUUAGAAAUGGAUAGCUUAGAAAUGGAUAGCUUAGAAGUGGAUAGCUUAGAAAUGGAUAGCUUAGAAGUGGAUAGCUUAGAAGUGAAUAGCUUAGAAGUGGAUAGCUUAGAAAUGGAUAGCUUAGAAGUGGAUAGCUUAGAAGUGGAUAGCUUAGAGAUGGAUAGCUUAGAAGUGGAUAGCUUAGAAGUGGAAGUAGAACUACAAAUCCAACAUUGAAUCGAGGGAAAAGGGGGAUUCGAAUUUAUAUGGGCAAUGUAAGGUAGAAAAUUACAAAAAUUGCAUUUUGGCUCAACAUUUUUGUCCGGGAUUAUAGAUCGGUAAAGCUGAAGUCUGACUGUUGUCCAAUGGUUCCACCGAAACUGAGUUUCUUCACUAUGGUUGUUUUCGUUUUGUCAAUGACGAAUGCAUAGGGCCCAUGGUGCAUAAUGCCAUCAUAUUCAUGUGACAGUCCAAGAGUUGUCAUAUCAUUUCUUUGCUUUUUCUUGAAUUGAAUCCUCCUUUCUAUUAAGCAAAAUCAACCAAAUUGCCAUCAGAGAAGCAUGGAGUUUGGUCUAAACAUAAACAAUGCAUUGGUUUGUUAAAGUACUAAAUGUUUUAUAUUUAAUAUAACAAAACAAAUGUGGAAUUGCCUCUGAAAAGUUGGACGUGGUGAAUCUUUUGUGAGCGAUGUCGAAAACGUGAACACCUGGGGCAUGAGAUCCUCGGGUUGCUAGAAAAUAAUUCAAUGCUAGGGUACAUGUACGGUUAAGAUCGUCUGAACUAUUCCAUGAGUGACCUUUCUUUAAGACUUUGUGCCAAUCUCUUCUCGACGUCCUAGCCUUGUGCAACUGAUUCCUUAGCGCAAUCAUCUAAACCAGUGCGUUUUUAGACGAAUUACGACCAAGUUGAAUAAUGAAAUUUAAGCUUUGAAUUUAAAAAACAUUUUAUAAGGCUACGCAGUUCAUCAGUGGUGCUCGUUGUGAUUCAAAGCAACGAACAAUCAUUAAUUCAAGCACUAGCGCACUGACUUCUCUGUAUCUGCUCCACUUGAUCUGAAUCCCUGUCAUAUCGUGAUUGCUCAUGGUAAAACCCCAAAGCAUGCAUUAUUUCAUGAAUAGCGAUGCCCUUUAUAGCACAUCUAUGUCCAAUCGAAAUGACCUGCAUGCGCCCGCCCUUUUCACCGAGCUUUGAAUAACAACUAUAACAAA